AUGGAAGAAAGAGACAAUGAUGAAGAAGGAAGCAGAAAAGCAGUUGGAAUUGGAGUCCAAACGUGGCGAUGGUUUCAUUGCAAGAUGAGCAGAUUCUGUCUCAUUGAAUUUGUGAACAACUCUGUCCAGACAUCACUAGCAAUGAAUCUUUAUGCAGACAUCACUAGCAAUGUAGUCAAGUUCGCUCUGUUAGGCUUGCUAUGGUUACACGUCACAACAAAAGCAUGA